UUGUACGUGAAAACUCGCGCGCUCUCUCUUUGUUUUCUUGAAUCGCAACGUUAAUUCAACUUCAAUUUCAAUUCAUCGAUCAACAAUGUCGACCGAAGUGAAACGCCCGAACCUUCCUCCUCACUCCAAAACCGCUUCUCUUCAAACUAGCAAAAUGCAGAAUCUACCAAGUGAAAAGGGAGAUCAAUUGUUGAAGACAUUGUUCAGAAAGAGUCAUCAAAAUGUGAUACAAAGCAAACCACCCAAAGACUCGAAGAAAAAGGCUUCAGUUUCUUGUGUUCAAAACCAAGAUGGAAAGAAAGUGUUGAAGGAGAACAAAUGCAAAUCAAGCACAAAAUCUAACAUGUGUUUUUGUUCACCAACAACUCAUGAAGGUUCAUUCAGAUGUAGACUCCACCGAAUCAGUGCACCAAAGAAAUCAGCAACUGAGAAGAAAACCAAUGUGAGAUGUUCCAAGUUUGCCCAUGGGAUAGUUGAGUUUAAGCCUCAACUGUCAAGGUUUGGAUCACAUGAUAGCCUAAUCCAACUUUCUAGGUUGGGCUCUUCUUGAGAAAUUAGCUUAUUUGGAUUUCCAUGAUGUUGAGACUUUAUUUUUGGAUUGAUCUCAAUCAUGGAAAUAGUUAAUGCUUGUGCCUUUAAUAGAUUCUGCAUAUAGUUUUAACUUUUUGCUUUUUCUGUG